UGGCAGAGGUGGCGGCGGCUAGGCGGGUUGUCCGCGGGCCGUGGGGGAUGGGGGCUGCGAGCUCCAGCCCUCAGCGGCGGCGGCGGCCGUGAGUGUUGGGCCGGCGUCCGCGUCCGAGACGCGGGAUGGAGCGCCGCGGAUUUCCAUUUUUCUGACUGUUAAAUGAAAGGAUGAUUGCUCACAAACAGAAAAAGACAAAGAAAAAACGUGUUUUGGCAUCAGAUCAACCCUCUACUGAUGUAACAACUUCUGAAAUGGGGCUCAAGUCCAUAAGUUCCAAUUCCAUUUUUGAUCCGGAUUAUAUCAAGGAGUUGGUGAAUGAUAUCAGGAAGUUCUCCCAUAUGUUACUAUAUUUGAAAGAAGCUAUUCUUUCAGACUGUUUUAAAGAUGUCAUUCAUAUACGUCUGGAUGAACUUCUUCGCAUUUUAAAGUCUAUAAUGAAUAAGCAUCAGAACCUCAAUUCUGUUGAUCUUCAGAAUGCUGCAGAAAUGCUUACUGCAAAAGUGAAAGCUGUGAACUUCACAGAAGUUAAUGAAGAGAACAAGAACGAUCUCUUCCGAGAAGUGUUUUCUUCUGUUGAAACUUUGGCAUUUACCUUUGGGAAUAUCCUUACAAACUUUCUGAUGGGAGAUGUAGGCAAUGAUUCAUUAUUGCGACUGCCUGUUUCUCGGGAAAGUAAGUCUUUUGAAAAUGUGUCUAUGGAAUCAGUGGACUCAUCCCAUGAAAAAGGAAAUCUUUCCCCUAUAGAACUAGACACCAUGCUGUUAAAGAACACCGACUCCAUAGAAUUGGCUUUAUCAUAUGCAAAAACUUGGUCAAAAUAUACCAAGAACAUAGUUUCAUGGGUUGAAAAAAAGCUUAACUUGGAGUUGGAGUCCACUAGAAAUAUUGUGAAGCUGGCAGAAUCAACUAGAACCAACAUUGGAGUACAGGAGUUUAUGCCACUGAAGUCUCUAUUUAAUAAUGCUCUUCUUAACGAUGUAGAGAGCAGUCACCUUUUACAACAAACAAUUGCAGCUCUGCAAGCCAACAAAUUUAUUCAGCCUCUACUUGGGAGGAAAAAUGAAAUGGAAAAACAAAGGAAGGAAAUAAAAGAACUUUGGAAACAGGAACAAAACAAAAUGCUUGAAACGGAGACUGCUCUUAAAAAGGCAAAACUGUUAUGUAUGCAACGUCAAGAUGAAUAUGAAAAAGCCAAAUCUUCCAUGUUUCGUGCAGAAGAGGAGCAUCUGUGUUCGAGUGGUGGAUUAGCAAAAAAUCUCAACAAGCAACUAGAAAAAAAGAGAAGGUUGGAGGAGGAGGCUCUCCAAAAAGUGGAAGAAGCAAAUGAAUUUUACAAAGCUUGUGUGACAAAUGUUGAAGAAAGACGAAAUGAUCUUGAAAAUACCAAAAGAGAAAUUUUAGCACAACUCCGGACACUUGUUUUCCAGUGUGAUCUUACCCUUAAAGCUGUAACAGUUAACCUCUUCCAGAUGCAGCACCUGCAGGCUGCCUCCCUUGCAAACAGUUUACAGUCUCUCUGUGAUAGUGCAAAACUCUAUGACCCAGGCCAAGAGUACAGUGAAUUUGUCAAGGCCACGAAUUCAACUGAUGAAGAAAAAGCUGAUGGGAAUAUAAAUAAACAGUUAGUAAAUAGUCCCCAGACUUCUGGAUAUACUCCCGCUGACUCUUUAGAGGAUGUUGUGCGCCUUCCUGACAGUUCUAAUAAAAUCGAAGAGGACAGAUGUUCUAACAGUGCAGAUGUAACAGGUCCUUCUUCUAUAAGAUCAUGGGCAUUGGGGAUGGUUAGUGACUCUGAAAGUACUGGAGGGAGCAGCGAAUCUAGAUCUCUGGAUUCAGAAUCUAUAAGUCCAGGAGACUUCCAUCGAAAACUUCCACGAACUCCAUCCAGUGGAACCAUGUCCUCUGCAGAUGAUCUAGAUGAGAGAGAGCCACCUUCCCCUUCAGAAGCUGGACCCAAUUCUCUUGGAACAUUUAAGAAGACAUUGAUGUCAAAGGCAGCUCUCACUCACAAGUUUCGAAAAUUGAGAUCCCCCACAAAAUGUAGGGAUUGUGACAGCAUUGUAGUUUUCCAAGGUGUUGAAUGUGAAGAGUGUCUCCUUGUUUGUCAUCGAAAGUGUUUGGAAAAUUUAGUUAUCACGUGUGGUCGUCAGAAACUUCCAGGAAAAAUACACUUAUUUGGAGCAGAAUUCACACAAGUUGCAAAAAAGGAACAAGAUGGUAUCCCUUUUAUACUCAAAAUAUGUGCCUCAGAGGUUGAAAAUAGAGCCUUAUGUCUACAGGGAAUUUAUCGUGUGUGUGGAAACAAAAUAAAAACUGAAAAACUGUGUCAAGCUUUAGAGAAUGGAAUGCACUUGGUAGACAUUUCAGAAUUUAGUGCACAUGACAUCUGUGACGUCUUGAAAUUAUACCUUCGACAGCUCCCAGAGCCAUUUAUUUUAUUUCGAUUGUACAAGGAAUUUAUAGACCUUGCAAAAGAGAUCCAACAUGUGAAUGAAGAGCAGGAGACAAAAAAGGAUACCCCUGAGGACAAAAAGUGGCCGAAUAUGUGUAUAGAAAUAAACCGAAUUCUUCUAAAAAGCAAAGACCUUCUGAGACAGUUGCCACCAUCAAAUUUUAACAGUCUUCAUUACCUCAUAGUACAUCUUAAGCGAGUGGUAGAUCAUGCAGAAGAAAACAAGAUGAACUCCAAAAAUUUGGGGGUGAUAUUUGGGCCAAGUCUCAUUAGACCAAGGCCCACCACUGCUCCCGUCACCAUCUCUUCCCUGGCUGAAUAUUCACAUCAAGCGCGGCUGGUAGAGUUCCUCAUUACCUACUCACAGAAGAUCUUCGAUGGGUCCCUGCAGCCACAAGAUGUUGGGUGUAGUACAGGUGUUGCUGUGCCUCCAGCUGAUCAGGGCUAUCUUCUGAGGUCUCCAUUAUCACCAGAAGAGAGAGACCUUGAACAUUCCAGGAAAUCACUAUUCUUUUCUUCAAAGGAAGAUAUCCAUGCUGCGGGUAGUGAAAGCAGACUUUUUGAACCAGCUACGUCAUUUGAGGAAUCAGAACGAAAGCAAAAUGCAUUGGAAAAAUGUGAUGCUUGUCUCAGUGACAACAAAGUACAUUUGCUUCUAGAUCAAGAGCUUGAAUCAGCAUCCCAAAAGACGGAAGAUGUGUGUAAGUCUCCUAAGCCAUUUACUCUGAAAUCGGAUGGGGCAUCAAACCCCGCAGAGAGGCAUGCUCCAAGGACUAAGAUCAGACCUGUAAGUUUGCCUGUAGACAGACUACUUCUUGCAAGCCCUCCUAAUGAGAGAAAUGGCAGACAUACGGGAAAUGUAAAUUUAGACAAGUUUUGCAAGAGCCCUACCUUCGAAGGAGUUAAUAGAAAAGACAUCCCUACCACAGUUUGUUCCAAAUUUAAUGGCGUUGAACAGCAAACUCUACAAAAAUCUCAGGACAAACAGUAUGAACAAAACAGCGUAACUGCCAAGGCUACGGUGAUUGUGUCCAGUGCCCUGCAGGAAAAGGGAGUGGCAACGAGCAUCAGGAUUGGUGGGGACGGUCCUGGCAGCGUCUGCCAGCCCAGUAAGCCAUCCACAGAGCCGGGCAGACCAGCAGGAGGGACAGCCGAGAGACGGUCCUCUGACUCCUGCCCUCUGGCUCCGCUCAGAGCACCCAGAACACUGCAGCCCCAACACUGGACGACAUUUUAUAAACCACGUGCUCCUGCCAGCAGUGUCCGAGGGAAUGAAGAAAAACCAGCUUCGCCCUCAGCAGCAGUGCCUCCUGGCACAGCUCAUGAGCCCCAGGGUCAUGUGGUGAAAUCUGUGCCAGACCGGGACAAAGAGUCAGCUUGUGCUGGGCAGCUGAUUAGUCAACCCAAAGAGAACUCAGAGGAGCACGGCUUGCCUGACGUGAAUCCAACGUGUCAGAGACCAAGGUUAAAACGAAUGCAGCAGUUUGAAGACCUUGAAGAUGAAAUCCCACAAUUUGUGUAGGGUUGUCAAUGUUCAAAUUUUCUUUUUUUGUUGUUGGGUUUUUUUGUGGCAUUGUGUUUAUGAGAGAAUGUUUUGACAGGGUCCCUUUUGUAUAGGAUUGCCAGAUUGUGGAUUUUGCUUUUUAUUACAUUGUGUUACCCUCUGUUGGUCACGUUGAAUGGUAGAAUGUUGAUAAGGCCACGUUUGUGCCUCACUGGAAUUAUCUUUUUGGAGGGCCAGGGCAGAGUCUUGCUUUGUCACCCAAAUAGAGUGCAGCGGUGGCAUCCUAGCUCACUGCACUCUCAAACUACUGGGCUCAAGCAAUCCUUCUGCCUCGGCCUCACAAGUAGCUGGGACUACAGGUGCGUGCUACUGGGCCCAGCUGAUUUUUUAUUUUUAGUAAAGACAGGGUCUCACUGUUGCUCAGGCUGGUGGAAUUAUUUUUAAAUUCUGUAUUUUUCAAAUUGUGAAUAAAAUAUGUAGUUUCAUAUUUUUUAAAGUUCAAUUGACUUUCCCUAUAAAAUGGUCCAUUUAAAUGCAUCCCUAAUAUAUGAUAUAGUUCUCAACUAAUAGGUGCAAUUGGGGGAAAUCAGCUUUAUUUUUUAGAGUGAAACUCAGUGCUUAUUUAUAAAAAGACUGUUCUGAAUGCAAGUGCCAGAAAGAUUUUUGGUAUGAAUAUAUUUUUUUCAUACAGUUUUACAGUGCAUCCUUCGAUCAUUUGUGCUUUUAUGGUAUGUAUGUUAAGUUUUCAUUUUCCAGUAGGCAAUUCACUUAAUUUUUAAACAUUUACAGAAUGGCCAAAAGGCUUGCGAAUCUGUAUUUAAUUGCAUUUUAAUUAAUUGCCAUUUUUUAUAUGUGAUAAUUGUACAAAGAAAAUACACUUAAACCUGUUUCUAAAUUACUGUGUAUAGGUCAGUUACAUCUUAUUUGGCUUUAGAUGGUUUUAAUACAGGUGAUAGUUUUUCAUUCAUUGGCUUUGUUCCACAUAAACUUUUUCAACAGUUCUGAACUUUUUAAUAUUGUAUAAAUGGCUCCAAAAAAUGCCUGUUUCGGGUUUUAAAAUUCAUUGCAUUUCCUCUUGGUGUCAUCUGGGUUUUGUUAAUACCAUUCCUUUUGUAUGAAAUGUGUUGUCUUAAGAGUCAUUUCAUGUGUUCAUUCUACCUGGACUGUCAACCACUGAAGAUGUAGGUGCCAUCCAAAUGGAGCAAAGAUUUGUUUAAGUCGAUUCAUUGUUUGGCAUUUGAGAGAAGGACAGAGAUUGGAUCUGUUUCAUUUAUAAAAUUGUCAGUUUUUAGAACUAGUGUAUUCCUGUUAUUUUCUGGGUUUCAUCAUUUUGUCUAAAAUAGGAUUUAAAGGGACAAAAAAUAAAGUAUUCUCUUUUUGUAUAUGUGAAUUAUAUUUCUACUGAAAGGUUUUGUAUGACCAUGUUAUACUUGAUAAAAUAUAUACAUUACAUAUAUAU